AAGAGUCCUGCCACACUGGCUCUUCAGUAGUUUCUGAACAUGUAGACAGCAGGAUGUAAGACAGGGCACCAGGGGCGGGCAAGGCCGAAUCUCAGAGUGCUGCUGGCGCUCCUGGUGAUAGAACAAUAUGAUCAUGUUAUAAGGGUAGGGAGGGGUGGGGAGCGGGAAAGAUUCCUUGAGAGAAAAAAUUAAGAAAGCUCUACUUGAAGAUCUAAGAAAUUCCCGACAAUAGAACUUUGUAUAUGGUUUUCGGUAACCUUAAGCAGGGGGCGCUCAGAAAUUGUCGUCACUUUCCGGAUAGCCUCCCGGACUUUACCCUCUAGAAAACUGUACAGUGUUUCCGGCUCUUCUCAGUUGUAGACUGAGUUGCCGGCUCGUAAGUUUCCGGCAGUUUCCGGGGAGACUCGGGGACUCUGCGUUUCUCUUGCUCUGUUCUGCUCGCCUGGUGCGGCGGGGCAGGGUCCUGAGCUAAUCAUGGCGUCCCCGUCUCGGAGACUGCAGACCAAACCAGUCAUUACUUGUUUUAAGAGCGUCCUCUUGAUCUACACUUUCAUCUUCUGGAUCACUGGUGUUAUCCUUCUUGCCGUUGGCGUUUGGGGCAAGGUGAGCCUGGAGAAUUAUUUUUCCCUUUUAAAUGAGAAGGCCACCAAUGUCCCCUUCGUGCUCAUUGGCACCGGCACUGUCAUUAUUCUUUUGGGCACCUUUGGGUGUUUUGCUACCUGCCGAGCUUCUGCAUGGAUGCUAAAACUGUAUGCAAUGUUUCUGACUCUCAUUUUUUUGGUUGAACUGGUCGCUGCCAUCGUAGGAUUUGUUUUUAGACAUGAGAUUAAGAACAGUUUUAAGAAUAAUUAUGAGGAAACUAUAAAGCAGUAUAACUCUACGGGAGAUUAUAGAAGCGAUGCAGUAGACAAGAUUCAAAAUACGUUGCAUUGUUGUGGUGUCACCGACUAUAGAGAUUGGAAGGAUACUAAUUAUUACUUAGAAAAAGGAUUUCCCAAGAGUUGCUGCAAACUUGAAAAUUGUUCUCCACAGAGAGAUGCUGAUAAAGUAAACAAUGAAGGUUGUUUUAUAAAGGUGAUGACCAUUAUAGAGUCAGAAAUGGGAGUGGUUGCGGGAAUUUCCUUUGGAGUUGCUUGCUUCCAGCUGAUUGGAAUCUUUCUAGCCUACUGCCUCUCUCGAGCCAUAACAAAUAACCAGUAUGAGAUAGUGUAAUCGGCAAAUCAGGGGCUUACUCCUCUCCAAUUUUAAGGACAUUUACAUCCCCCCCUGUGAACUAUGAUAUUGCCUGGAUGGAAGACAGCUUAACACUUCUUACCAAUAGACCAAAAAAUUACAUCAAUAGCCUGAUUCAGUCAAGACGUUUAUUCAGUAUAGGUCCACCUUCUGGCCCAUUCAUGUUAGAUUACUGAAAAAUUAUAUAAAUAGCCUGAUUCAAUUAAGACAUUUGUUCAAUAUAGGUCCACCUUUUGGCCCAUUCAUGUUAGAUCAUUGAAACCCCUGUAUCACUGUGAAACACUGGAAGAGCUAGUAAAUUGUAAAUGAAGCAAA